CCCUCCUCUUCUCCCCCCCCUCCUCUUCUCUCUGCCCCCCCCUCCCGGCCGUUGGCACGCUUGACACCCUCGCGAAGAGACCCCCGGGGUCCUUGAACGCCGACGCGCGCCGGCCUCCUCCUCCUUACCUCUUCUUUUCCUGCCCCUUCACCUUCUCGCGCUUGGGCCACUUCAUCUGGCACCCGCGUGCGUCGCCUCAACCAUGUCGCUCGUCGUCCUGCCUCGCAGCGCUAGCCGCGAGGGCGGCUACCAGGUCAACGACAUGGUCUCUGGCUCCUCCGAUGAUGACGCGUCAUCCACUGCCUCGGAGGGCUUUAUCGACCGGCGACCAAAGGGCAAGGGCAAUUCCCUGUCGUUCUUGGAAACCAUGCGCCUUUUCCUGGCCCGGCUGCGGCUGGCUGUCAUCUAUGUGAUGCGCGAUUCGCGUCGGGAUGCGCGUUCCCUGUCGAUCGGUGUUCUGACGGUCUUCCUGAUCGUUUGCUUCCUCAGCCUCAUCCAGAAUGUGCUCCCGCGCAUUCCGCACAUUUUCAGCCGCCUGUCCGAGGACCAGGUCGGCCAGUUCGAUGUGAUGCUGGCGCCGGACCUCCAGCGGACCACAUUGAAUGGGGACCACUUCGCCGGGUAUGACACCACGGUCGGCCCGCCGGCCUGGUUCAAGCCCCCUUCCGCCACCGACCCCCCGGUGGUCGAUGCCACGCAGCAAUCCAUCUUGCUGAACUUCACGGAGAUCGCAUCUCGGCUGUACCCCCCCGGUGCGCCGGGACAGCCGGUGGCCGAAUGGCAGCUCCCCUACGUUGGUCACAGUGCCCUUGGCGCCUUUCCCCGGUGGUACAUCCCUGUCAAUGUGACCCUCCCCAUGCAGGUGGGUGCCCCGGCCGAGGCGGGAUCCAGCGGCAGUGCGUCUGGCCAGUCGCGGCUGCCUUCGACCGGUCGUCGUGGCAUUGCCUCUGUCACGGCGACCGCGGUGGCCGACCCCCCAAUCGUCCAGGCCACAGUCAUGGUGAUCGACUCGCAGCUGGAAUCGGACAUUGCCGUUGGUGCUGGCUGGAAGUUCCGGCCGAUUGGUGCCGGGGAGGCGCACGUUCGUGGCUCCACCCUCCGGUCACUCGGUUUGCGCCCGGGCGCCGGCGAUCCGAUUCAUGUUCUGAUGGACUUGUACCCGGUCAUUCAGGGUCUCGGUCUGUUGCCCGACAAUCUGCCUGAGAGCAUUCCACUGGAUGGUAUUGUCCUUCCUCCGGGUGUCACUCUCCCACCGGGCUUUACCCUUCCGCCGGGCGUCACUCUUCCACCAGGUGUCACUCUUCCACCUUCCCCAGGUGGCCAGAGUGUCGGCACCAUGCGCCAGGCUCGUUUCCUCGUCGAAGACGAGUAUGACAUCGCCUCGACGGGGUCUGCCUCGGCUCCUGCUUCCGGCUCGGCUCCUGCUUCCGGCUCGGCUCCUGCUUCCGGUUCGGCUCCUGCUUCCGGCUCAGCUCCAGGCUCCAGCUCAGCUCCUGCUUCCGGCUCAGCUCCUGUUUCUGGCUCCGCUCCUGCUUCUGGCUCCGCUCCUGCUUCUGGCUCCGCUCCUGCUUCUGGUUCGGGUCCUGCUUCCGGCUCCGCUCCUGCUUCCGGCUCAGCUCCAGGCUCCAGCUCCAACCCCGGCUCUUCCCCAGGUUCUAGUUCCUCCCGGGUUGGGUCGUCCGGCUCCGGUUCUGGCUCCGGCUCUGAGGCCCUUCCUCCCGGAGCGUCCAUUCGCCUGGCCGACUUGUUUGUCCUGAACCGGAACUACGUGGUUGUCGAUGCGAUCGAGCGCCCGGGUGGCAAGUUCCCCACAGCCCUCCUUGGCGAUACCGUGGUCCUCGAUUUGCAUGCCUUCGAGUACGACCUGAAGUCCACCAUGGAGAUGGCCCUCAACUCGCAAGCCGUGCGCCUGCUGGCCGCCUCGAAUAAUGCCACUGCCGAACUCGAUGAGGCACUGGCCCGGAUCCGUGAUUUCCACCUGGCCGAUCAUGCCAUGUUGGUCGGUGUGAAGUUCAGCCAGCGCGGGGACCUCUACUCGCAGCAGGACAAUGCCCUGGUCGCCGCUCUUGUGGGGGCCAGCGAUACGGUCAUGUCGGUUCUGUCUGCCGAGCCGCAUCUCUUGGGUCCUGGGGCCGUGGCGCCGAUCAGCCAGUUGCUGGCCUCGCCGCGUGUCUCCUCCGGUGACCGUGUUGGCGUCAAGGGGUCCUUCGGCGGCGGGGUUGAUGCCUUUGGUGAUCAGGACCCCAACCGGAUGGACUUUGCCGAUUCGCUCGGCAUCCUGGCCGGUGGGCCGGCCGGCAUCCUGUCCGCAGCCGCCUCCAAGCCUGGGCCCUCACCCGACGAGGUGGCGGUUCUCUCCUCGGAAGUGACUUUCCCCGUGUAUGACACGCUGCAGCAGACAUCCUUCAUCCGGCUGUCGCUGGAUCAGCUAUUCUUCAUCGCCAUCGGCACCCUGGUCCUGCUGGCAGUGCUGCUGGUGUUUUCCCUUCUGCUGGAGGACGUCGAGGGCAAAACCUAUGAGUAUGGCAUGCUCCGAACCAUGGGCAUGCCGGUGACAUUUGUGAGCGCAAUUGUCGUGGUCCAGUCUCUCUUCUUCUCGAUCCCCGGCAUUUCGGUCGGCCUCAUGAUUUGUUUCCUGCUCCACGCCCCAAUCGAGAUGUUCAUCUCCAACUAUGUUGGCCUGCCGCUGCAGAUGGGUCUCGGCUGGCAAGCAGUCGUCCAGGGCAUCGUUCUUGGCAUUACCUUGCCGUUGAUUGGGACACUGGUGCCCAUCCGUCGUGCCCUUGGCCGUACCCUGCGCGGGGCUUUGGAUCUCUAUCACAACACGGCCAACGACUCGCUGGUCACCGUGCGGAAGCUCACGGACAUCGGCUUCAACCCCCUUGAAACCACGGUGGCUCUCAUCCUCGUUGGCUUGGGCGUCCUGGUAUACUACCUGGUUCCACUGUCGUUCAUCUUCAACAACCUCGGCCUCUUUUUCAGCGUAUUGUCGGUGAUUCUCAUCACCAUGGUCGUUGGACAGGUUCUGAUUGCCCAGGCCGUGGACCUGGCCUUUGAGAAGCUGUGGGUCUGGAUUUUGAUGUGGGGCGAGGACCGCAUCCUGGCACCGCUGGUUAUCAAGAACCUGGUUGCCCAUCGGUCACGUAAUCGCAAGACCGCCAUCAUGUUCACCAUGUUGGCGGCCUUCGUCAUUUUCGCCGCCUCACUCUUCGUCCUGCAAGCCCGGUCCAUCCCGUCUGCCACGAAAUCCCUGCUGGGGUCCGACAUCCUGGUCAUGUCUACCUAUGGCAUUGAUCAUCCCCUGCCGGUACCCGAGCUGCGUGCUUAUCUCGACCGUUUCCGGACCCAGAACCCGACCAUCGACUCUCCGAUUGAUUCCCAGUUCGCGAUUGUCAAUGAUAUCUCCUUCUUCACCUUCCCCCUGGCCAGCUACCCUGGCCUGGACCGGACAUACAUCCGCUCGGCGGUGACCAUCAAGUCCAAGUAUGCCAAUUUCCAGGGCGUUGAUCAGAACUAUCUGGAUGUCGCAUUUGACGACUAUCUUCUCCUGGAGAAGCCAGUCAAUGCCCAAUUCGAGCAGACCCUCAAUACCCUGCCAAAGACCACGCCUCUGGGCCACCGGAACCCGGUGCGUGCGCUGUACAGCCCGCCCUCUGGCUUCUCCACCGGAUUGGAGAUCGAUCCGCCGCCUGGUGGCUCCUCCUCCAGCGGCCCACCGGUUCUGCCCGACUCGGCCCCUCCAUACUUCAGUUUUGAUUUCAGCUCCAGCCCCUCGGGUCAAGAUACUCGUCUUGAGGCGUACUACGAGUCACAUGGGCUCCUUUAUGCGCAUCGCUAUCCCUGCCUCAUCUCAAGCCAAAUUGCCUCCUCGACGUACAUCGAUGUCAACACCGACCUGCUGCUCUCGGUGCAGGAUGCCAGCGGAUCGGAUAGCUACCUCUUUAGUGCGGUGGCUCUGGUGCGCAAGCUCCCCGGGUUUGGUGGCUUCAACCAGUUCCAGGCUAGUGGCUCGCCGAUGCUCGUCAACAAUGACAUCUUUGCCAAGGUCCUGCGGCGCGUGCACGAAAAGGCCAGCCUCCCCGUGCCGCCGGUCAAACAUGAGCGUCUGCUCAUUCGUGUCUUGCCCGAGGCCUCGCCCUUGCAGAUUGAGCAUAUCGUCAAUGGUCUGACCUCGCUGCUGACCGAGGUCGAGGGGGCCGAGGUGGUCAAUAUCCGAGACCAGGUGGCUCAGACUUCCUUCGCGUCGGACAUGAUUUUGCUUUUCUUCUUCAUUGUCUCCGGCGUCGGCAUGAUCUUCUGCUUCUGUGUCCUCUGGCUGAGUUUCACGGCCAACGUCCGGGAGAAUGCCUGGGAGUAUGGUGUUCUGCGGGCCGUUGGACUGAACGCGCAAACCGUCACUCGCCUGUACAUCUACGAGGCUUUUUCGAUCGUCAUCUCGUGUUUGAUCCUGGGCACACUCAUUGGCAUUUCCACAGCCACCAUCCUCACGUUGCAGAUCAACCUCUUUACGGAAAACCCCUUCGACUUCUACUUCCCUGUGGAGCUCUUCGUCUUUGUGGUGGUCCUCUCUUGCGGAGUGGCCGCCAUCGGGAGUAUUGCCCCAGCACGCGAACUCAGUCAGAAGGAGAUUGCUGUUGCCCUUCGUGGUCUGUGAGAGCCGGCCAGAUCGUGCUCCUCUCGUCCAUUUUCUCCCUCUUUCCCUCUCAUCUCCCCUCCCCCCCCCCUCUCUCUGUCUCUCUUCCUUCCCUCGACACAUUUCCACCUCUCCCCCAUUUGCGCGGCCAAUAGUUCUCCCAGCCGUGUUCCUUCCCUCUUUCCCCCUCCAUUGUAAUACUUUGCUUCGGUGCCGUGCGCAUAGGCGCAGACAUGUUAGAUUAGCUACUCGCCAGGCGAGUCCCUUCUCACCGGGCUGCAUUGUAUCAAACACUACACUUCCCUGUCUCCUGUCUGCCUCUAUGCGUGCACAUACGUGAGUAUGUCUGGGUUCAUUCAUACACAUACACACACAUACACACACAAAUGCG